UGUCCAUUUCUCUUGCACACAAAAACCUUUCUUUUCUUUGCAACCCCAAAUUCAUUUCUCUUUGGAUACAGCUCCACUGUUUCUUUUCAUGGUGAAAAUGGCAGUGACAUUCAUAUGUACACUUUUCAUGACUUUGCUCUUUGCUGCUUCAGCAUUUGCUAAGGUUCACCCUAGGUCGCCAGAAGUUUUCUUCCGAAAUGGGAACUUUGAGCAGCAACCGAACCCGGGUUACAUAAAGCAAACAAGACUCAUGGGGAAACAUGCACUUCCCAAUUGGGAAACCAAUGGUCUAGUUGAGUAUAUCACUGGUGGGCCACAACCUGGAGGCAUGUUCUUCCCAGUGUCACAUGGUGUUCAUGCUGUUAGGCUUGGAAAUGAAGCAUCCAUUUCACAAACCAUCAAAGUCAAACCUGGUACAUGGUAUGCUAUAAUCUUAGGAGCCACAAGAACUUGUGCUCAAGAUGAAGUUUUGAGAAUCUCAGUGCCUCUACAAUCUGGUGAUGUUCCUUUGCAAACACUUUAUAGCCUCAAUGGUGAUGUUAUUGCUUGGGGAUUCAAGGCUAGAUCUUCUUUUGCUAAAGUUACCUUCCAUAACCCUGGUAUGCAAGAAGACCCUACUUGUGGUCCACUUUUGGAUGCUGUUGCUAUUAGAGAGUUCUACCCUCCGAUGCCGACAAGAGCUAAUUUAGUAAGAAACCCUGGCUUUGAGGAGGGUCCAUUCCCAAUUUUCAACUCAACCAAUGGUGUCAUACUUCCUCCAAAACAACAAGAUCUUGUGUCUCCACUCCCUGGUUGGAUUAUUGAAUCCCUCAAAGCCAUUAAAUUCAUUGAUUCAAACCAUUUCCAAGUGCCAUUUGGAAAAGGAGCAGUGGAGCUUGUUGCAGGUAGGGAAAGUGCCAUUGCACAAAUUCUAAGAACAGUUACAAACAAAGUCUACAACUUGAAAUUCACAGUUGGAGAUGGAAGAAAUGGUUGUCAUGGAUCAAUGAUGGUUGAAGCUUUUGCUGCAAGAGAGACUCUUAAAGUUCCUUUUAAAUCUGUUGGAAAGGGAAUAUUCAAAACAGCAAAUUUCAACUUCAAAGCAGUUUCAAAUAGAACAAGAAUCACAUUCUACAGCUCUUUCUAUCAUACAAAAAUUGAUGAUUAUGGAAGUAUGUGUGGCCCUGUCCUUGAUCAAGUUAUAGUAUCCCCAGUUGCUUAAAUUUUCCUUAUUGCAAUUGUCCCACAAUAACCGUCACGUUUGCGAGAAAGAAAUUGGUUCGAAAUGAAGGUCAUUUUCAAAUUUUCAGUGAUAUUUCUUUUAAGAAGUCGGGUAUUAUUAAUUACAUUAUUUUACAAGUGUAUCAUUCUAUUAAUACUUUGUGUAUCAAUAUAUUCAACUUUACAUUCAUGAAAUUGUUGAAUACAUUAAUGUUUGUCAAGAGAACAGAAUAAGCUUGUAAUGUUUAGUAACUAAAGCUUCUUUAGUCUAAGUGUUAUUGUAUUAGAGUGUGACAUUUGUCACAUAUCCUAUGAUUUCCCUGAGAAUCAUUCAUAAUAACUAUUUUCUGUUA